AUGGAGCCCGUAAAGCCCGCUGGCGGCGCCAGGCUCGGCACCAUAUCUGGUGUCUACAUCCCCGUAUACCUCAACAUCUUGAGCAUUCUCAUGUUCCUCCGGUUUGGCCAGAUACUCGGACAGGUUGGCUUCAUUGGAAUCCUAGGUCUUCUCCUCGCCGCCUAUUGCAUUGAUCUGCUCACCGUUCUCUCCCUCUCUGCCAUCGCAUCGAAUGGAGAAGUCAAGGGCGGCGGUGCUUAUUACUUAAUCUCCAGGUCUCUCGGUCCCGAGUUUGGCGGCUCUAUUGGCAUCUUGUUCUAUCUAGCUCAAGCUCUAAACACUGCCAUGAAUGUAGUUGGUCUCAUCGACUGCAUCCGACUCAACAUGGGAUCCAACUUUCCUCAAGGGUAUUGGACUGGCUACGGGCUCCAAACAGCGGCCUUGGUGCUUUGCACAUGUCUCUGCUUACUUGGCUCGUCAACUUUCGCAAAGGCGUCAAAUGCACUGCUCAUCAUCCUUACCGUGGCUGUCAUGAGCAUUCCAGUGUCAGCAAUUCUUAAGUCGCCGUUUGAGGAUGCUAUAGCUGGAGUCAAGUUUACGGGCAUCAGUGUUGAUACGCUCAUUGGAAACUUUGCUCCUCGGGCUUCUGAUAGCAGCUACCAAGGCCUUAAAACCUUUCGUGACUUAUUUGGCGUUCUCUUCCCGCGAGUACAUUCCACUUCUCCUCCAGCGACUUCGGGAAUAUUCGCUGGGGCUUCCAUGUCUGGUGAUUUGAGAAACCCAAGCAAAGCUAUUCCACACGGAACACUAUGGGCCACUCUUACAACCUUCAUCGUGUACUUCACCGUCAUUCUCUCCAUGGCAGCGGCUACCACUCACGAAUCCUUUCUAGCCAACAAUAAUGUCAUCUCCAUCACAAGCCUGUAUGCCCCUAUUAUCCUGGCUGGCGAAUGCGCGGUUACCUUCUUUUCGGCUCUGAUGGGAGUUAUCGGAUCAGCCAAGCUGUUUCAAGCACUCGCUCGGGACAAGCUACUUCCAGGGUUGUCUGGCUUUGGAAGAGGAACUAAAGUUGGUGAUGAACCAAUCUUUGCCAUAUUCCUAACAUACGCCAUCGCUCAAGUUGCCCUUUUUGCGGACUUGAACCAAAUUGCCACCCUCAUCUCUAUGGGCUAUCAGAUGACCUUUUUUGUUAUGAACUUGGCGUGUUUCCUGUUGAAAAUUGGAUCUGCUCCUAAUUUUAGGCCUGGCUUUCAGCUCUUCAGUGCCGAGACGGCUUUCUUGGGAAGCCUCUUCUCUGCUGCAGCCAUGUUUUUUAUCGACGAGGCCUACGCUUCAACGGCAAUUUGCGCUCUCAUCCUUGUGUUUUUGCUGAUUCAUUAUCUAUGUCCGCCCAAACACUGGGGAGAUGUCUCACAGAAUCUCAUCUACCACCAAGUGCGGAAGUAUCUGUUGAGACUAAAGCCCGAGCACAUCAAGUUUUGGAGACCACAAAUCAUACUCCUUGUCAAUAACCCAAGGCGUCAGACGAGACUGAUCCAAUUUUGCAAUUCAUUAAAGAAAGGCUCGCUUUACAUCUUGGGGCAUGUCAUUGUAACAGAUGAUUUCAACACAGGAGUCCACGAGGCAAAACUUCAGCAACAGGCUUGGACGCGUUACAUAUCAGACUUUUCUAGGAUCAAAGCCUUUGUGCAGUUAACCAUGUCGCCGUCGAUUACCUGGGGCAUUCGAAAUCUCAUCUUAUCCUCAGGCCUUGGAGGCAUGCGGCCCAAUAUUGCGGUUUUGGGAUUUUACAACAUGGAAGAUCUACGAAGAUCCAGUCAUAGGCUACGAGUACCAGACAUUCCAAUGGCUCCAGCUUCCAAAAUGAAUCGCCCGCCGAGACCCCAUGCUGGGGGCUACACACGAAGCCGUGGCGAUACAUCCGCCCGCUUGAUGGAUGGCUUCCUACCGACUGACGCAAUUCGUACGGAGGAUAUGAUGUCUCCUACAGAAUACAUGACAGCAUUGGAGGAUUUGACUUUGAUGUACCGGUUGAAUGUAGCGGUGGCAUAUGGAUUUGACGGCUUGGAGACGCCUCGAAAGGACGAGGACAACACGAAGAGGUUUAUUGAUAUGUGGCCCAUCCAGAUGUCCGCUGAAGUUUCAUCCGAUGGCAAGAACAUGCUGACUUCCAAUUUUGACACCUACACGCUCAUUCUACAACUAGGCCACAUUCUCCGUAGUGUCAACACUUGGAAACGAGCGUAUACACUACGUGUCAUGGUCUUUGUUGAAUACGAAAGCGAGGUCGAAGAAGAGUUGGCUCGAGUCCGCGCGCUACUUGAGAAAUUGCGCAUCGACGCCGAAGUUUGCGUCUUUUGGCUGGCAUGUGGCCAGUUGGACACGUACGAGCGCAUCAUCAAUGGCAAAGGCAGUAGCAUAGACUGUGAAAUCAUUGUUGGCGACGCAUUGAGAGACGAGGAAUGGUGGAACGACCUGGAAGACUUCCGCGGACAGUCAGAGCCCAUGACGAAUAGCCAGGAGUUUACACACCUCGCGCACAUCAUUACUUCGACCGCUGGACGGCCAGGAGUCUACAAUCCGCACGAGGAAACAGAGUCCCGGAGACGACGCUCGAGUGUGUUUGAUCUUCCCGGCAUGCCUAAGAAGCCGAACAUCGGCUCUCUGUCCAAGAUGGGUAUCAACAUCGGCAUGCACACGCAUCAUCUAAACGAAGAAGUCUUUGAGGACUCUGAUUCAGAUUACGAAACAAGUAGCGAUACAGACUCUUCAAGUACGGUGCGAUCUGUGACAGACCCGUUAUUGCGCGAGUCACCAUCGUCGAAUGCUUCACGAGGGCAGCCUUCGCCUCCUGGGAUGCGAGGAAAUGGCUCUUUUGAUACAAUCACCGGGCAUGGAUACAUGUACUCUAACAACGGCGUUGCCUCGAUUACUCCAUCAUAUGGCACCAUCAGCUCUGCGAAAUCAUCAAGUGCCCGAUAUUCAGGGGAAGAUGACACUUCAACGCCCCGGCCGACCAUAUCGCGACAGUCGUCCGCCGCUCGCUUCUCAAGCCGGCCUGUCCCGGAGAUGAGAAUCACAACAGAGGAGGGAAGCUCCCGGAUUGGAUUCGCCACUACAAAUUCCUCAAGCCCUACGACCCCUAGAAUGGACCGUCCAUCGUUUUCGCGACAGUCUUCACUCAAUGUUCCGUCGCAACCAUUACCUGGGUCCAGGAGAAAUCUGGUAGGAGGAGGAGGCCCACGCGCGAUUUCAUACCAUGAACAGCCAACGUACUAUUCACGCGCGAGCACAACAAAACCCCGUUAUCAAUCCCGUUCUCGGAGAGAGUCCCAAUAUCCCAACAGCCAUGGCCAAGGAGACGUCAGCCUAAAUAUGCCCGAUCUCGUGCAAUCGUAUAGAGCUGUUGCUGAGUCGGGCAACGCAGAAGGCGCUCCAUACUCUACACAGGGCGUUGCGCUGUCGUUCAACGACUUGCCCAGCAGAGCGCAGCAUCUGAUUCUCAACGAGCUGAUGAAACAGAAUUCGAAAGACACGGCUGUCCUUCUCAGCACGCUACCGAUUCCCAAUGAGGGGACGUACAUGAAUGUGGACAGCACGAUUCAGUAUCUGUCGGAUGUUGAGCUGCUGUGUCAUGAUCUUCCGCCGGCGCUUUUGGUGCUGAGCAAUAACAUGACGGUCACUGUGAGCUUGUGA